AUGGAUUGCACGACCGUGCUCAAACGCGCUUCCUCAAUCGCCAACAUCCAGCUGCAUCGCAGUGGCUUCAACCCUGGAUCUGCAGAGAGGGAUGCCAUCCAAAUCUCCACAACAGAGAUCCAUGAACGGAUGCUGUCGAUUGACUCUGAAAUCCAAAAGCUGACUCGGCUUCGCGGACAAUCGUCCAGCCAGCUCGAGCUCAACCAAUCCCUCGUUGCUCCCGUGCGGCGCCUUCCCAGUGAAAUCUUAUCAAAGAUAUUCGUCUAUCACGCUCGCCUCUCGCCCAGCCUCGCUGAACAAACACUCUAUACAACGUGUACAGUGGCCCACGUCUGUUGCGCCUGGCGAGCCGCCGCGCGCGGAACACUGCAGCUUUGGACACCCAUUUCGUCGACAGCGCCAUUUCCUGGCUGCUCUAUUGCCUCUGGAGACGUGUUCGAAGCCCAGCUAGAGCUAUCAGGGGUGUUACCUGUACAGCUGUCGCACACUGUGCACGACGACCUCAUACUCGAGCGCUUUCUCGCAGUGCUUGGCCCUCACUCCUCGCGUUGGCAGCCCGUUACUCUUCGUGGAUCGUGCAAUCUCCUAAGGUCGCUGCCAAAGUACUACCUACCACAACUCGAAGAAGUGUCGAUUACUCUGGAGGGUCAGAAUACGGACGACGUGGUCGACUUUCUAUCUGGGGCAACGGUGUUGAAGCGCCUGGCUGUGGCAUUCCACUGGCGCAACAACCCUGACCCAUCUUUGUUCACCGAAUUCCCAGACUUCGUUUCCCUACCCUCACACACCUCUCCCUUGCAUUCGACGUUGUUCUGCGAUUGGAUGUUCCUGUCCAUGUCCGACGACCCCGAUUGGAACACCGUGAGCCAUUUGUCGGGGCGCCAGCGCGCCAACAUGUCCGCCUUGUCCACGUUGGAAGUGGGGCAGGGCUGCUUUGAAGUCUUCGACAUGAUCGACGCUCCUGCUCUCGAGGAGAUUGUCGUGCGCGAUGUUAGGGGCCACCAUCGAGCCGACCUCACGUUCCAGCUGCUUGCGAGCUUUUCUGAGCACAUGGGCCAUCCUGGAACCCUCCGCCGAUUGACUCUUCGCAAUAUCGAGUGUCAGGAGUGGAUGGGCAACCACGAGGAUUUUCUGCACUGCAUCUGGCGCUGGAGGGGCCUGAAAGAGCUGCACGUCGAAGAGCCGGCUGAUUGCACUCCCAUACUGGCGCCAGACGCAAUCGAGUGGCUGGCGGGGGAGGCCGUAGGACCGCUGUAUCUUCCGAAUCUGGUGUCGUUCUGAAGACCAGG